AUGCGCCCAUUCCUUCAUAACUUCUUCGUCUUUUCCUUCUUCAUCCUUACCGUUUCGGCCUCGAGUCCGUCGUUCUACUGCCCGACCUACAUCGACACCGUUGUGCCAUCGGGCCAAGAUAGACACUAUGGAAAACGCGAACUAGGUGACCCCUUCCUCGCAACCAUGCAUGACGUGCACAGCACCCUAUCCAAAUGCUCCGGGAUCAAGAGCCUGAAACUCCGCGUCACGGGACUGGGGUGCUCGGAGUGGCCCGAUAGAUGGAGCUUCCCUUUUGAUCUUUCUUCUCGGUCGCACUAUCCGUCGAAGCUGGAAGUGCUGGACCUGGAGGGCUACCAAUUUGACGAUUCAGCCUGGGAGGAGGCGUCACAGCCCCCCUACCGCACCAACUCGAGGUUUUGGGACAAUAUCGAGUGGCUCGGGUCAGGCAGGGCGUGGAAUUGGCUAAAAUGGUUUCCGCUGUCGCCAGAGCAAAAAGCAAAGACAAAUCUCGAUCUCUGGAUCAAGGCCAUGGACUUCUCGCACAUCAAGGAGCUUGCUCUGAGACCGACACUGAACCGCUCUCCAGACUUGCGACAUCUUAUUCCAGAACUAAAAUCACUUCGAUCGCUAACCGUCACUGGUCAAUGGGCCAAGGACUUCAUCCUGGGGUUGCCAGAGAACUCGCUGACGUCCCUAUCAUGGCUCUUCAGCAAUGAGACGAGUGCCUCUGUACUCCCCGUGCUUCGCCAUCACGCGCAGUCCUUGAAAAGGCUCGAAUGGCGCGAGGCGGAGAGUGAAUAUCGGCAGCGAAAGACCAUGACACCGAGGCAAAUUGCUGAAUUAGGCCGCAUGGCUCCAAACUUGGAGAAGAUAACAUUCGACAUCAACCGAAACGGAACAUGGCCAAUGGAGCAUUUGGAGGCGCUGGCGACGAAUUUUCCCAAAGUUCUCAACGUUACCAUCUUCUUUGAGAUUGCAAGCGAGUGCCGGCGACAACUGCAGAGUUCCUGGGAACAGGGCAGUUAUCAUGAAAAAUGGAUGUCGGAUGAAUCGUUGUCGUGCAACGGCAUUGAUUCCAUGGCGCAGCCUCUGCUCGACCACGCCAACGCCGCCAAGCUCUUCAAUUUCCUCCGAGAGAAGAAGGUGGGUGACGAGAUGACCAAAGCCGUGUUCUAUGCCGGAGAUUGGGAGCGGCCGUGGGACGGGCCCAUGCUGGUCAGUGAUUCAUGGCUCGAGGGGAGGCGAGCUUUUAUGGCCUGUGAGAAUAUCGGCAACGGCGAGAUGGGGGGCGGCCCGGAGGGCAAGGGUUUCCUGUGUCAGGGAAUAGACACUAAAGUUGCUUCGGAACAUUCGACUUCGGGGGUUGACGAUUACUACGGCCCUAACAGAGAUCCUGCGUGGGAAGGUGACUUGGCCGGGCGCGCCUGGCGGAUGGAGUUGUAA